AUGUCGGUGCCUCACGUUGAUCCCAUACCUGAUGGCUGGGAAAUGCGUCUCGAUGAGAUGACAAAAACCUACUACUUCAUAGACCAUAAAAAUCAACGUACACAAUGGCAACACCCAAUUAACAAACUGAUAUAUCGGCCUGCCCAUUCACAACCUCAAGUUGCCUUGAACGGUAAUCAGGCUACGCCUAUCGCCAUUAACAGGCAGCCCAUCCUUAGUACCAAAAAUAUGUGUAGUCGUUUUCAGCCGUCCCCUGCUCCUAAUGAAACUAGCCCCACAAUCUCAACCCCUUUGGUUGUGCAGGGGCCAACAUCUUCCGAAGAGCAAACGCAACUAUCAAAUAUCCAGGAAAAGCUUGAGGAAAAGGAUAGUGGUAUUACACUUAUCACUAAAGUCCUCGAGAAAGCCAGGCCCGUGAUCGAAGAGGUGGAUGCGUUUAAGGGUACCGUGGGUGAUAAGAAUUAUUUGCGGCUUAUGGAGACCUUGGAAGUGCUUAUCCUGGAACUGGAUGGCAUCGGCGUAGAUGGUCAGGACAGCGUUCGUGCGGCAAGACGUGCAGCGGUGCGGGAGAUUCAGCAAGCCAUCGAGAUAUUGGAAUUUCGCAGUUCGGUAAAUGCGGUUGAAGACACCUCCACUAACGCCGUAGCUGGUGAAGCCCCCCCUCCCUCUUCGUCGCCCCCAAAGGAAAGCGAUGCUUAG